UAUUUGACUGGUUGAACAAAGCAGCUUUUGUGUGUAAGAAAUUCUUCGUUCGUACCGAAAAAUCCCGUUUUGCUUCCUUCCUAUUUCACCGUUUUAGUUUGGUGCUUUAACAAGGAUUGCGCAGCUGUCGCCUCACGCGUGAGUUGGAAUCGAUUUCCUGCUUAAAUAUGUUGGCUUGUUUUAUCGACAUUGUCAAGUGUACUUGAAAUGCUGUUAUUAAAUAAAAUCCCAAAAAAAAUCGGAUGCCUUUUGAGAGGAGAGAAGGUACAGGUAAUCCUUGCCCAAGCUAUUGACAGCGCCUGCUAUAUGGCUGUUGGAGUAUAGUUUAUACAGCCAAAAGCGCUUGGCGAAAAUUCUGGUGGAAGCCCCUCAAUGAUAUAACCUAACUGCACUGUCAAACAACUGAAGCCGAGAUGCCAACGGAGGAAAAUUUUGCACUCUUCUAAUUCAGUUCAAGACAGUUAGCAUCUGGCUGGAAAAUCAGCGGCGGCAGGAUAUUAUCCUAAGGAUAUAUAUUUGCAUUCGUACUGAAUUAAAAAUUCGCACCUACUCGGACCGCUGAUGAUCAGCUCAAAGUCACCCGCUAAGAAAAAUUGAAUGGAUGAGAAAAAAAGACGGCUGAUUUGUGAACUACACAAAGGUGGCUACAAAUGGCAGCAAAUCAUCGAUCGCGUAGGCAUUAGCCGUGCCACAAUCCUAAAAGUUAUUAAAGCUGAAAAAUUAUCCCGACGACGCACGAAGCUGAAUGAAAGCCUCAGAAAAGAGAUUCUAGAGUUAGUUCGCAAAGGAGAUCAAAGUACGGCCGAAAUAGCGAAGCAGUUCAAUAUUUGCACGGCCAGCGUGGAUCGAAUUCGGCUGAAAGCCACCGAAUCGCCAGUCACGGAAGAGCAGAGGAAAAUGAUCCUUCAAAUGUUCCAUCGCGGCUGCUCAAGGGCGGAUAUUAUACGUGAGGUUAAGGUUGACGGCGAUGCAGCAUAUGCUGUAAUUAGAAGUGCUCUGGCCGCGCAGCGGAAACUCUCCGUUAGCCAGUCGCAACAGGAAGAAAUUCUGAACUGCUUCGACGAAGGCCGUACUAGGGAGCACAUCUUGAAGAAGUUCGGCAUCUCCGAAACGACUUUAAAGCGGGUGUUGCAGCAGAAAGGGAAAACGUUCCAAGAACGUUCCCUAAAAAAUUAUGAGGAGCGACAAGCGUCUGUUCUGAAACUCCGUGCGAAGGGAUUAACAAUGACGGCCAUAGCUAAAAAGCUGAAAAUAACCACUGGAGCGGUAUUCAAUAUUCUGCAAAAGAACUGUGACAAAGCAGUGAAAGCACCCAUCGUGGCUGAUGGGCUCCCUUUGGGCAGGGUUACCCUUGAAAUGGAUUCGAGUACUGACGCCGGAGAACAGGUCGUCCGGAAUCCGCCCAUUAUCGAGAGAGGCGAUACCAACAUAGCUGUUGGGUGCCGGAGGUCAGCUCGGGUCACAGCCUUGCAACAAAGAAAUCCAGGGUGCAAACGCAAAAGUGUUUACGCAGCACAUACUUCCGAAUCAGAGGCCUCUGAUGCAGAAACCUCUGAAGCAGAAAGCGAUGCUUCCGAUGCAGUUAUAUCAGGAGAGGAAACAGAGACUUCUGAUGCGGAAAUUUCCGAACCAGAAACUGACACUGAUGCGGAGGAUUCUAAUACAGAAACCGAGAUUUCCGGUGUGGGAACUUCCGGAUUUGAAUCAAGUUGUCUUGGUGAUGGUCCGACCGCACAGCAACCUGCAGUUAUUGAUGGCGCUUCCGUUGGAUGCGGUUCUACGCACCAGGAUGGCGAAGCACACCACGGAAAUUCUACAGCUCAACCCAAGCAUCACAAGAUGAACGAGAAAAACAAGCAGCUGAUCUGCGAACUUUACAAAAGCGGCAGUUCAUGGAAGGAAAUCACAAACCGCGUGGGUAUCAACAUUAUAACACUUCACAAAUUUAUCAAGGCAGCAAAGUUGCCCAGACGGCGUACCGGGCUGACUGAACUUCAGAAAAAUGAGAUCACAAAGCUAGCGCGCGAAGGAACCCUCAGUCCCGAAGAAAUUGCGAAGCGAUUCAGCAUUAGCGUCCUGACCGUGGAGAGAUACCGCCGAAUGACCGUUACUAAUGCGCAGAAGAAAAGUAUCCUCCAACUGUAUCAUCGUGGGAGCUCAAUAAUCGAAAUUAUGAAAGAGGUUAAGCUGGGUGAAAAAGUCUGUAAGGCUGUAAUUUCCCGCAUCUCGGUCCAGCGAAAGAAGAUCUCUGUUAGCCGGAAAAAGAAAAAAGAAAUUCUGAAAUGUUUUGAAGAAGGCCUCGGUGGACUGUACAUCCAGGAGAAGUUUGGAAUCUCAGAGAAUACUUUAAAUUGGAUUUUGCUACAGAAUGGGAAAUCCCUUAAGGACCGCUGCCGAAACAGCUACCAGCAGAGACGAGCAGAUAUUCAGAAACUGCGCGCGGAGGGGUUGACAAUGAGAGCAAUAGCGAAACAGCUGAAGCUGAGCGUUCGUACGAUAAGCAUCAUUCUGAAAAAAAACUGGGAACAAGAAGCGAUUGCGCCGGAGGUGCUGUUGAGCAGGAAGUCACCUGCGAUGGAUUCCAAUAAUGUCGCGGAAGAAGAAGUCGACCUGACACCGCGAGUUGAUGAGGACGGUGGCAGCAACACGGUCCAUGGGCACCGGAGGUCAGCUCGGUUAGCCAUGCAACAGAGAGUUCCAGGCUCUGAAUGUGAACGUUGCUGUAAUUCCGAUUGUGUACAUACCUUCGAGUCUAAUCCGGACGAAAGAACUAGCAAUGAAAUCUCAGAAGAGCCGAGCGUGUGCACUGCCGCUGUAAAAAAUUUACCUUCAGCCACAAGUAUAAGUCUAGAAUCGACCACUACGAACACGCAUGGUCUGCAAGAUGCAAGAACUUCCGAAGCUCAUGCACUUGAAUCGACGAGGAGUCUCGAUAAAAGUCCAAUCGCACAGCCAGCGGCAGUUACCGAUAUGGCCCUGCCAACCAUGACUGUCGAUGACGAAAAUCAGGACGAUACAGCGUCUCAAUGCGGAAGUGCAUCAAUGGUUACACAUAGCGGAGAUUCUGUGGCUGGCUACAUACAACACGGCUCACCAAAUUUAGGUUCGUCGGUGUUCGGCAGUGAAACCGCAAGGAUGCCGGGAUCUGUUGAGGUCAAUGAACUGCGUGACAUGGGCAGUCAGAAUGCCGCUGCUGCACACAGCCACCAUGCAGUAGAUAUAACGGACCCCCAUCAGCCGCUGUCGCGCGCUAAUGAAGCGCGUAACGUCACACCAUCCCCUCUACAUAACGUAGCAGACAGUGAGCCGCCCAUUGUACCAGUCGGGAACAUCGCCUUCACAGAAGAAUUCUCACUGGACCCCGCAAGCGGACAGCACAGUACUGCUGCACGCAACGACCAUCCUAUAAGCACUGUGCAUAACCAGCAGCUGCUGGCGCCUAUCGAACCUCGUGACAGCUCUCCAGAACGGCAAAAUAACGAGCCGCCCAUUAUGCCAACUAGUAGUGCGCCCAACGCUUUGCCGGACCUGACUGUACAGGAACGAGAAACGGUUACGGAUCGGAACAAAAGCCCAUACCGAGAACUGCAGUCCAUCGUUCUGAAACUUCGCGAACACGGGUGUUCUUAUGAAGUGGUUAGGCGGAACAUUAAAACCUGCUUCCUUUCCACAGCCACCUCAACGGGAGAUGCAGAAAUGCCGGGCACCAGCCGUGAAGACCUCCCUCAGGAUCGGCCUUCACCCGCUAUACAUGGCCCCGAAACAUUCAUUCCAACGACAAACGCAUUACGCCCGGCUGAAACUGCUGAUGUUGCUGAUACCGUUCUGCGUGGAUCGGUAAUUCGGCACACUGACAGCUGCUGCGCUAGCGAACGCCAUAGAGAAAGGAGCAGCCAUGAUCUUCCUGAAGUCAGCAGUCACGGCGAGCAGCAACGCAAUUCCUGUGAUGAUGUUUCUAGAAGAAAACAAGACCUAACCAAUGCAGGCAAGAUCGCGGGGAUAACGGAGAGACGUGUCCGCAGAAUCGUCAGAUCCGGCCCACGACGCCAGCUGUGUAAUCCUCCAACAGCAUUUUGUGUUUUGGCAUCUAAGCGUGCCAAGCCUUCCCAACGUCCGAACGGCCCAGCAUCUGAAGACAGACGCGCAACCACAUCGAUACACCACGGAGAUUCUAUGGCUGAACAUACUCCACCCGGCUCUCCAAAUUUAUGUCCGCCGGUGUGUCGCAGUGAGAAAGAAGGAGCACCGGGACCUCCUGAGCUAAAUGAAGACACCAGUAGCCUGAGCGUCUCUACUGUGUACAGUCACCAAAUCCUGAGCGUCAGCACAAUGGAUCAGCGGCCGCAACCGGACGAUAGCGAAGCCUGUAGCAGAGCUCCAGAAUGUCAGCAUAACAUGGCAAACAGUGAACCGCCCGUUGAAUCCGCCAGCAACGACGCCGUUGAGCAGGAUAUACACAGCAGGGAAUCACCGGUGACCUUCCCGCUGCCUACUCAACCUUCCACUGCAAUACUUGAGGAUGAUAUAUGCGUGACUCCGGUUCCUGUAUUACAUGUAUGUCGGUUGGAAGCUGAAGGCGCUGGUAAUAUCGAGCAGCGAUCGGAAGCAGCCGUUGAUCACACCAAUACGGGGCCGCUUCUAUAUUCGCCCCAACUUGAGCGGAUGCCACCUGAGGACCGACAACAACCGCAUGUAACUUUAGAGAAGGCGGAUUCACUCAACCGUGAAAGCAGGAAUGGUGACGCAAGUUCAUUACCAAAUGACAACUGCGCUGUCGAAGAUCAUCCUCCACACUCUGGUAAUGGAUCAGCAGAAAAAAUCACAAACAGCGACGACUGCCGCGCCACUGAGAGCCAGAAACAAGUUACGGCUUCAGUGUGUGGGGAUAAUCGUUGGCGUUCACUCGAUGAUUAUUUCGGCAUGCGACACUGUCAACAAAACUCUGCGCUUGAGGAAGAUUCCGUGGCAACGAAAGUACCGGAAAACAUUUUGCGUGGCACAGACACAGAACCCAGGGAGUCUGCGAAUACAGCUACCCAUAUUCCAAACAUAUCCGCAGCCGCAGACAACACCGCUUUACAAUCGCAGAAGACUACGAACAGGGAAAGCAGUCAAUAUCGAGAAAAGCAGUUCAUCGUUCUAGAAUUGCACCAAGAGGGAUGUUCGUCUGAUGCAAUGCAACAGCCCCACGAUGUUUGCUUCGUGCCCGGUGCAGCAUCCAUGCAAGAUGGCGGUAGAGUUGUCGAAGGCCAAGACAACAGCGACGAUGAAGCAUUCGCAACCGGUCAACUCAGUAAUACUCAACCUUCGACUGCAUUUCCUAACCAUGAAACAUGCGUUACGCCGGUAUUCACAUUAUGGCCGAUCGAAACGGAAGAUGCUUUGGAUAACGGGCAGCAGCGGUCGGAUACAGUCGCAGAUCCAACUUUUGUGGCCCCGAUCGUAGAACCGCCUCGACCUGAGUGCUUGCCAAGUCAUCUCCAACAGCCGGAUCAUUCGUCCGAGCCUAUCCCAGAAGUCGGCGUAGAUGUGGGAACUGACACAGCACAAUUUCACUCCAGCCACAGUACAGUGCACCCAACUUCCAGUGAAUCGCCAAUCCGAUGCGCGGGAACGGCUCCCGAGAUGCUGUCACUUCAGCCAGAAAAUUCCACCACGAGCAGUGUCCGCGCAAGAUAUCAGUGUCAGAUUUGUCGCUUAUCCUGCGAGGAAGAGGACGCAUUUCUGUCCCAUCUUGCAAACAGGGAGCAUGAGCAGCUUUGUGCAACCGGGGUUUUUCUAUAUUGUAUAGGAUGUAAGUUCAAAACCCGGAAACCGGCAACGAUGGGCAAGCAUAUUGUCAAGUACCAAUCGCAAAGUACUUUGCAAAUCAGUGAUAUGCAUUCUGUUAAAGCUAUCCAUUGACUAAUGUCAAGCGAAUCAUGUUUCGGGCACUACAACUGUGACGCAUCAGGCACGGAUUCAUCUUAACAGUGACAUUACGCACACCACUGAUUGCGGACCUGGGGUUCAAGACGUAGUGCUUGUUGUUUGUCCAGUUAAUUACUAGUAUUAUUAUUAUUGAUUAUUAUCACUUAUGGGUUCCACAAUUGUAGAUAAAAUAAUAUAUGCAGCCAGCGGAUUGCGGUGUAUUUUUGAAUAAACACAUUAAUUGUACACUAAAGUGUCUUUUGUGACAGUUUUGUCAGUUAAAGGAGACCGUUACCAUUUCCUGCAGUACAGUCUGUAUUAUGCGCCUCUGG